ACCCUUAAGCAAUUUUGAAUCAACACCCCAACCCCCCCCCCCCCCCCCCACAACACACACACACACACAAGUAAACGAUCGGACUGAAGAAUGGCAGAAGAGUUAAGCCUAGGGAUCUUAAUCGAUGUUGUAGACGAAGAAUGGAUGAGAGAUACUCUCCCUGACGACGAUCUUGAGUUACCUCCGGCACUCCUCCCUCGGAAUGAUGAUGCCGAAGAUUCCAAUCAUGAAGCAGCACAAGUGGAUGGAGACACAUGGCAGGAUCUUGCACUGGGAACAACUCAAUAGUACCGCGGUGGCAUGCUGUUUUGCAUCUUUAGUUUGCAGUUGGAUGUGAAAUCAAGUUUUUAUCAUGUAAUAGACUUUUUUUUGCCACACUAAAUCAGUUUACUUGAAAAAAGACAUUAUCUUUGUAUAAUAUAUGUUUAUGAGAUUGUACUUGAUACGUAAA